GCUGUCCUCUCAGCCUUGCUCUCUCUAGGACCAGCAGCCGCAGAUUCGCUGGCCUUUCCGCCAGUCCUGGUUGCUCGUAGUCUGCCUUAACUUUUACGUUCCUCGGGCAUCCAUUUUAUUUUCUACUCGUUUAGAAUCAUGAGCGGAGACGAGAAGAAGAUCGAUAUGUCAGACGUUGCUGCUGCACUUCCUUCAGGGGGAGCAGGGUUGACUGACGAAGAUCGUGCAGGAUUGGUCAGCGCUAUCCAGGACAAGUUGGAAACCCUCAUGUCGCAGAACUUCCUCGCCACCCUGUCGCCAGCUGUCCGCACACGUGUCACUGCGCUACAGGACAUCCAGAAAUCCCACGACGAGCUCAAGGAGAAGUUUCUGGAGGAGAAGGCGGCUCUGGAGGCCAAGUACCAGAAGCUGUACGAGCCGCUCUACAACCAGCGCCUUGAGAUUGUCGCGGGAGACAAGGAGCCAGAAGGCGCUGAGGUACCUGCUGCUGAAGAAGGGGCUGAAGUUGAGAAGGGUGUGCCUGAGUUCUGGCUGACUGCCAUGAAGAACAACGAGAUUCUGGCAGAGCAGAUCACAUCUAGGGACGAGCCGGCUCUCAAGUACCUCAAGGACAUUCGGUGGUCGCAACUGGGGGAGGAGCUCAAGGGUUUCAAGCUCGAAUUCUACUUCGUGUCCAACCCCUACUUCAAGAAUGAAGUGCUCACCAAGUCGUACUUCAUGAUCGACGAGGAGGAGCCAAUUCUUGAGAAGGCUGAGGGGACGGAGAUCGAGUGGAAUGCGGGCAAGAACCUGACGCAGAAGAUCAUGAAGAAGAAGCCCAAGAAGGGCGCCAAGAGCUCCAAGCCCAUCACCAAGACGGAGCCCUGCGAGAGCUUCUUCAACUUCUUCAGCCCGCCUGCUGUGCCCACUGAGGAGGAAGAGCUGGAUGAGGAAGAGGCGGAGGAGCUGCAAGAGAUGAUGGAGCAGGACUACGAUGUGGGGUCUACUCUGAGGGAGAAGAUCAUCCCGCAUGCCGUGUCCUGGUACACAGGGGAGGCUGCUGACCUGGAGGAUCUGGACGAUGACGAGGAUGACGAGGAUGAUGACGAGGAUGAUGAGGACGAGGACGAGGAUGAGGAUGAUGAUGACGAGGACGACCACCCAAAGCCUCGCGGAAGGAAAGCAGGGACGAAGGGGAUGAAGGCAGCAGGAGCAGCGGGUGCAGGGGGGGAGCAGCCUCCUGAGUGUAAACAACAGUAGGAGAGGGGGGAGGGAGGCAACAAGGCGUUUGCUUUCUAGCCGUGUGUUGGAAUGCAAUGCUACUCCUUGUCCGCGUUAGAGUCUUGGGUUUCUGUAUAGAGUUUGUCGUUCGAAUUUACCGCAUUAUUGUCAUCAGAUGUUAGGAAUGUAGACUCUUGAAGGAAUAAUCUUUAGAGUACACUUAGUACUUUAUGUAACGGAUGUAUCAGGACGAGUGCCGUGCGAAUCAACACCGAGGUCUGCGAAAGUUCGCCCAUUUCCUUUGGUCCUUGGGCUGCUAUGGUGGCAUUCAGCAGAGCAACAACCCCAAGGUCCCAACCAAGCAGCCAUAGCCCAAGGGAAAAUAAUAGCAGGAGCCUAGGUAGCUGCCAGUAGCCAUAGCUUUAGCUGUAGUCAUCGCCGGACGUAUCCGUUCUCCCUCUUUCAUAAGCACGACAGUCGUUUCGCGUGACGCUUUUUACUACGCGUGUCGCUUUUUACUAAGUACCGUAACCUUUACUAGUGCUAUCUUUCGAUUUGCCCGAAGUGGAAAGCUCCAGAAUUCCAUCGUCCCACCUGCGAGUGUCACUAAAAUCGCGUCGAAAUGGCCGUGACGACAGGAGGCUUGCAGGCUUGGCGUUUCUCUUCUCAAUGGGCAUCGGCUUGCAGCUGCUGGGAUGUGUCCUGUACAAUAACUGGUGGCCAAUGCUCUCAGCCCUGAUGUACCUGAUACUGCCCAUGCCGUGCCUGUUCUUCUCCACCGGGGAAUCUUCCGACUUCUUUCUUAUGGGCACUGACAACGAAUGGCAAGAUGCAGCAAAGUUCCUCACCGGCUUCUCUGCUAUCGGCAGUGUAGCCAUCCCUUUCAUUCUACACCACGGCCACCUUAUAACUCUCGGAGCCACACUGUUCAGUCUCGCAGCCUUCAUCGUGCUAAGUGGCACUCUUGCCCUUUUCAUCCGGGUGUCGUUAGACGAUGGCCCCUCGUGGAGUGGGUAUUAGGCAGGCACGGACGGGACUGUUCACUCUUGCAGCAUUUAUUGUGCCAAGUGGCACUCUCAGCCUGAUUAUUCAGGUCUGCUCGGAUGAUGACCCCUCGUGGAGUGGGUACUUAGGCACGGAUCGGUUUGUGCAGUGCCAACUCCAGGAACCACAGCCAUUUGUGGCAUCAUAUAGGAAAAUCAUUGUACAGCGUUUUAAAAGCCCCUUUUUUUUUUCUCUCCCUUUUCCACGU